GAUACCUAGGCGACGCCGCUUACCGGGUCGUAAGUGCUAUCGCCAGUUGCAUAACAUAAUGCUGACCUCCAGAGCCCCUUGCGGGCAGCAUCGCCGCGCAGAUGGAUUAAAUUCUCGUCCAUUUACCGCUAGCACGAGCGCGCCGCGUGUCCCAGUUGCUUCUCGCGCUGCGGAGCGGACGGCUGAGUCGAGCGGUCGCUCGCUUGCUCUGCCCCUGCCGCUGCAUAUGCAGCGAUGUGGUACUCUAGCUCGCAGCUCGGUUGCUUCUCCGGAGGCUCAGGCGCAGCAUGCGCCCGGUGACAACCAUGCAUCGGCAAGCGAGUCGCUCAUGUCCUCACAGUUGACUUGGCCCAGCCGCUCGCACGGCUGCGGGGCUGUCACGACAGCAGAUAUUGGCUCGAAGGUCACCAUCUGCGGCUGGGUGGACCGCAAUCGCGAUAUGGGCGGCGUGCAGUUCUUUGACGUGCGCGACCACUCCGGCCUCCUGCAGGUCAUCUGCGAGCCGCAGAGCGUGGCUCCAGAGGUGUCCCGCACCGCCUCUCGCCUGCGCAAUGAGUACGUGGUGUGCGUGAAGGGCGUGCUGCGCGCGCGCAAGGAUCCCAACCCCAAGAUCCCCACCGGCCAGCUGGAGGUUCUGGCUGAGAGCGUGGACAUCCUGAACGUGGUGACGCGCUCGCUGCCCUUCCCCAUCAGCGAGGCGGAGGAGCAGGAGCCGCCCAAGGAGGACACGCGCCUCAAGAACCGAGUGCUGGACCUGCGCCGGCCCAAGAUGGCUGCCAACCUGCGCCUGCGCCACAAGCUGCUGCGGCUGAUCCGCACCUUCCUGGAAGACCGGCACGGCUUCAUGGAGGUGGAGACGCCCAUCCUCACGCGCUCCACACCCGAGGGAGCGCGGGACUACCUAGUGCCCUCGCGCGUGCAGCCUGGCGAGUGGUAUGCGCUGCCCCAGUCGCCUCAGCUGUUCAAGCAGAUGCUCAUGGUGGCGGGCAUGGACCGGUACUACCAGAUAGCGCGCUGCUUCAGGGAUGAGGACCUGCGCGCCGACCGCCAGCCUGAGUUCACGCAGCUGGAUAUCGAGGUGUCUUUCAUGGACGACAAGGCGCUGCAGAGCCUCAUGGAGGAGCUGGUGCUGCAGGUGUUCGACCAGAUCCUGGGUGUGACCCUGGCUGCGCCCUUCCGCCGCAUCAGCUACGCCGAGGCCAUGGACAAGUACGGCUCCGACAAGCCCGACCUCAGAUACGGGCUGGAGUUUGUGGACGUGUCGCCGGCAGUGGCGGGAUGCGGCUUCAAGGUGUUUGCUGGCGCGGUGGCUGACGGUGGCGUGGUCAAGGCCAUCCGGGUGCCGGACGGCAAGCGAAUCUCCAACACGCGCAUCAAGCCCAAGGGCGACAUCGCCAACGAGGCCGUGGCGGCGGGCGCCGCCGGCCUGGCCUCCAUCCGUGUGGCUGCUGACGGCUCGCUGGAUGCCGCCAAGGCCAUCAAGGAGGGGCUCAGCCCCGAGCAGGCGGCGCAGCUGAUGGCGGCCACAGGGGCGCAGCCGGGCGACCUGCUGCUGCUGGCGGCCGGCCCGCGCGACACCGUGCACCGGGCGCUGGACCGCGUGCGGCAGCUGCUGGGCCGAGACCUGGGACUCAUCAAGCCUGGCGACCACUCGCUGCUGUGGGUGGUGGACUUCCCCAUGUUCGAGUUCAACCCCGAGGAGGGCAGGUACCAGGCCAUCCACCACCCCUUCACCGCCCCCCGUCCCGACGACUGGGCCAGUGGUGACUACGUCAACGCACGCGCCCUGGCCUACGACCUCGUGUACAACGGAGUGGAGAUCGGCGGCGGCAGUCUGCGCAUCUACCGCCGCGACAUCCAGCAGAAGGUGUUCGAGCUCAUUGGCCUGACUCCCGCCGAGGCACAGUCCAAGUUUGGCUACCUGCUGGACUGCUUCGAGUACGGCGCGCCGCCCCACGGCGGCCUGGCGUUCGGGCUGGACCGCCUGGCCAUGCUGCUGGCUGGCGCGCCGUCCAUCCGCGACGUCAUCGCCUUCCCCAAGACCACGCAGGCGCAGUGCGCCCUCACGGGUGCGCCGGCCGCCGUGGCCGACAAGCAGCUAGUGGAGCUGUCCAUUGCUUCCACCGCGCCGCCCAAGCAGAACUAGUACGGCCGUGGUGGAGGAGGAACAGCGGCGCUGAGAGGCCGUGGUGCAGGAGGCAGGCAACAGGCAGGUAUUUGGUGAGGUGGACACAGUUGAACAGGAGGGCAGGGCUGAUGUGACGGAGGAGGAGGAGUUGGACGGUGGCAGAAACGGGGUGUGGGCGGUGAGCAUUGGUGAGCGGACAGCAGGUGGGCCAGGACCCAGGAGGGCUGGAGAGGAAGGAGGGGCAUGCAUUAGGAGGCGGAGACACAUGCGGGUGAUCAGGGUGCGCGCAGCGGGUGUGCGCUGAGCAUAGAUUGAGGCGUUGCGUGGCAGUCUUGGCCACGAGUUAGCACGUGAUGGCGGAAAUGAUGAAACAGUGGGAGAUUGGCUCAGGAAUUCGUUACGAAGGACCUUGCCAGCGGGACCGUGCACGCGUGCGCUUGGUUUGCGACGAUGCAUACCGAACGCUUCAAGGCCCUGGGGAAAGCACGUGUGGGCCGGUGCUACCGAAGCCUGAAGGCUGCGGGCGGAUGCAGGCAGAGCACCAAGAAGCUGUACAUGGACUUAUGCCGUCAUGCGCACUGAUGCGCACUGUGCCACUGUCAUAGAACCUGAAGUAGUGCGAUUAUUGCUUGCGGUAGGGGUCGGCAGAUGGGCAACAUGGGCAUCUAGCACGACGUGCGUUGCGGAACUAAUGCGUACGUAGACCAGAGCGGAAGGCGGAGUGGGCUUGCAGGCGGCACGAGAGCAGGCACGGAAUCCGCAUGAGCGCGCCAGCUGCCGCUUGAAGGCGCUUGACCUCCCUAGCCCCUGCUCCUCAGCGCCUGACAGGAAGGCUGCGACGUGCUCACAAGGUCUCACACAGACUCACGGCUAUGCCUUGGGGAUGCUUUCACGCGCUUGACAUUCCCGGGCCUAAACACGGGCCUAAAGCGCCAUUGUCGUACACAUUCGGGCCCCUCUUCUGCUUUGCUUCGCCUUGUUCUUGCCCCUGUUUGUCACACUGUCGCCCGGCCAUUGUUUUGCUGCACGCCGUUGCAUUACGCUAGUGCUCGUCUACACAGCUCAUCCGUGGACGCCGGUCGACUGCCUGCAGGUGCGCAUCGGCUAUGCUAUCCGCGCGGUGUGGCGUCGCAUUGAGUCUGGUUUCCAGUUUUACGGUAGGGACACAGGUCGGUGCUAAGUUUGGGGCUUGGCGCGCGUGUGGGCUUUCUCCUUGUCGGUUCGGCGCGGGUCGGGUUCUUGGGUUUGCGUUAAGGACGCUGGUUUUCGGGAGUGUGCUGUCCCGCCGGCCGUGUGUGGGGCGUGCGGUGCGUGAUCGCCGGCUUCUCGGCCGUCUUGUGGGUUGUGUGUGCGCGUGUGAGUGCCUGUUUGCGGCGGGCGCGUGUUGGCUGCGUGGGCGGGCUCCUUGGCGGGCUUUUCGUCCUGGCUGUUUUUUGCCCUGUGUGUGUGCGCGUGUCCCCUCUCCGCGCUCCCGUGCCGCAGGGCUGCUGGUUUUAAGACGCCGCCU